AUGGAUGACGAAAUCAAGAACAUUGAACCUCUCGCACAAGAAACCUAUUGGAGGCCUUGCCAGCAGCAGUUUCCCCCGCCGGCAACGCCAAAGAAACCGAGCAGCAAGGGCAAAGCCGCAGCUGGAGCCGGAGCUGAAGAAGUCAACCGAUCUGUGUGGGAGACAGAAGUUGGUGACGAGGUGACAUUGGCGGAUGGUAAGAUCGGUAAGGCCGUUGGGAGCUUCGAGAGCAAGCCUAUUCGGCCCGUGGGCAACAAGCCUCUCGAGGACGACGACGCUCAGCAAGAUAUGGCUUCAUUCUCCAUCGAAGGGAUGUUCCGGAACGAUUCAUACAAACCACGAAAAGCAAAGGAGAGCGCUUCCAAGAUCAAGCCACCCACGCAACGCACUAGUGAGCGAUUCUACGAAACACCAGAGCCACGCUCAUCCGCUGCUGAUCGAGAAUCUCCAAGGCAAGGAGGCAAAGCAAGCACGUCGAGAUAG